GCUGACGAUCCGGACACAAACAAAUGUCCACGGGUUUGAUGUGGGGCUCCGUCGCGGCUGACCGUGGCGUGUCGGGCGGAUUUGACCGAUAAAAGUCAGGGACGCUGGCAACAUGUGGCUGAAUCCGGAGGAGAUCCUGCUGAAGAACGCCUUCAAACUGUGGCUCACCGAGAAGGAUAACGAGUACUUCGUGCUGCAGAGGCGACGGGGGUACGGAGAAGGUGGCGGCGGGCUGACAGGCCUCCUUGUGGGAACUCUGGAUACUGUCUUGGACUCCACAUCCAAAGUUGCCCCCUUCCGCAUCCUUCACCACAGACCCGACUCACAAGUGUACUGGUCGAUAGCAUGUGGUGUCACCAAAGAGGAGAUUGUUCAGCACUGGGAUUGGCUGCAGCAGAACAUCAUGAGGACGCUCUCUGUGUUCGACUCCAGUGACGACAUCACCAGCUUUGUACAGGGCAAGAUCCGAGGUCUUAUUGCUGAGGAAGGGAAGUCGUCCAUGGUGCUGGAAGAAGAUCCGGAGAAGUUCCGAGAGGCACUCUUGAGGUUCGAGAAGUGGUUUGAGCUGCCGCCGCAGGAAAAGCUGGUCACGUAUUACUCAUGCAGCUACUGGAGAGGCAAAGUGCCGUGCCAGGGCUGGCUCUACCUCAGCACCAACUUCCUGUGCUUCUAUUCAUACCUGCUGGGGUCUGAGGUGAAGCUGGUCAUCUCCUGGGACGAGAUCUGGAAGCUGGAGAAAACUGCCAACGUCAUUCUGACCGAGAGCAUCCAUGUCCUGGCUCACGGAGAGGACCACUACUUCUCCAUGCUGAUGCACCUUAAUGAAACCUUUGUCAUCAUGGAGCAGCUGGCCGACUACUCUAUCAAGCGCCUUUUUGACAAAGAGUCCUUCAAGAAAGAGCCGGCGCUCUCCGACCCGAUGCAAAUAACCAAGAGAGGCCUAGAAGCUCAUGCAAAGAGUGCGCAGUUCCGUACGUUUUUCCGGCUUCCAAAUGAGGAAAACCUGUUAGAGGCGCAUGAGAGCUUCCUGUGGGUGCCCUUCUGCCAUUUUAACACUCUUGGCAAGAUCUGUCUCUCGGAGAACUACCUGUGUUUUGCCAGUCAGGAUGGCAGCCAAUGCCAUAUCAUCAUUCCAAUGCGAGAGGUUGUUAACGUUGAGAAGCCCGACUCCAGCAGCAAAGCUUUAACGGUGUGUGUGCGCGGCAAGAGGGCAGUGCGUUUCUCCGAGGUGCGGGACUAUCAGCGGCUUGCCAACUCGAUUCGCAGCAGGUGUGGCAUCACUCCCAGCCCUCAGCACUCCGCUUCAUCAGAGGUCAUCCGGGGCGAAUGUCAGUCACUCAUCAACCACUUUGAGGACAAUCCAGAGGAUGUGACGCUGAUGGUGGGACAGAAGGACAGCAGCAAGGCUGUCAGCACAGAGGCGCUCAUGACGGUGUUCCACCCCCAGGAUGUUGAAAACCUUGACCCCAAAAUGCUUAAAGAAAAGAUGAAGGAGCAGUCUUGGAACAUUCAUUUCUCUGAAUAUGGACGUGGCACAAGUAUGUUCUUCACCAGGAAGACACGAGACUUGAUAGUCCGUGGUGUUCCUGAGGCCUUGAGGGGAGAGCUCUGGAUGCUUUUUUCAGGAGCUGUGAACGACAUGGCCACUCAUCCCGGUUAUUACACUGAGGUGGUUGAACAGUCUCUGGGCACCAGCACUCUGGCUACAGAUGAGAUUGAAAGAGACUUGCACCGCUCUCUGCCAGAGCACCCGGCCUUUCAGAGCGACACAGGGAUCUCAGCUUUACGCAGGGUGCUCACUGCUUAUGCCUACAGGAACCCGAAAAUCGGAUACUGCCAGGCCAUGAAUAUUCUCACCUCAGUUCUUCUGCUCUACGCAAAAGAGGAGGAGGCGUUCUGGCUCUUAGUGGCCGUGUGUGAGAGGAUGUUGCCGGAUUACUUUAACCGCCGAAUUAUUGGUGCUUUGGUUGACCAGGCCGUGUUCGAGGACCUGAUUCGGGAAAACCUGCCCCAGCUGGUGGAGCACAUGACAGACCUGAGUUUCUUCUCGUCCGUGUCCUUGUCCUGGUUUCUCACGCUCUUCAUCAGUGUCCUACCAAUCGAGAGCGCCGUGAACGUGGUGGACUGUUUUUUCUACGACGGCAUAAAAGCCAUCCUGCAGCUCGGCCUGGCGGUGCUGGACUACAACAUGGAUGCACUGAUCAGCUGCCAUGACGACGCAGAGGCCGUCACCAUCCUCAGCAAAUUCUUUGACAGUGUAACAAACAAAGACAGCCCGUUACCUUCCACAGUGCAGCAAGCGCCAGUGGGACAUAAUGAUAAUUCAUCCCGCUUGAACGUGGAUAUCAGUGAACUGAUCCGAGAGGCCUACGAGAAAUAUGGAAACAUCCGUUCAGAGGAGGUUGAGAGCUCACGGAAAAGAAACAAACUCUAUGUGAUCCAGACACUGGAGGAUACAACCAAGCAAAAUGUUAUUCGAGUGGUGUCCCAAGAAGUCAAAUUCAGUGCCUCAAACCUCGAUGAGCUUUAUAAUUUGUUCAAAAGGCAGCAUUUCCUCAGUUGCUACUGGACAAUGCAAAGUCCAGCUCUUCUCCAUCAUGACCCCAGCCUGGCGUAUUUGGAGCAGUACCAGUUGGGUUUCCAACAAUUCAGCGUGCUCUUCUCUCUCCUGGAGCCCUGGGGUUUCUGCACCACCAAGAGCACCCUCUCCCUCUGGGUCUUCCGCCUGAUAGACGAGAACCAGGACGGCCUUGUCAACUUUAAAGAGUUCUGCUGGGCCAUCGACACUUUGUGCUGUGGAUCUUUCACAAAUAAGCUGAAAUUCCUCUUCAAGCUGCACUUGCCACCAGCUUUUACAGGUAGUCCUUUGCACGUAAAGGAGCAAAGAACCCAGCACUUUAUUCCAGUGACUGAAGACUCCUCUCACUUGAGUAGACUAACUGCAUUCGAUCUUCCAGAAGAUGGUGUGAUAAGGAAAAGCCCAGAAAGAGGUAGAGGAAAGGUGGACCUGCAGGCCUACCUGAAACAGUGGCAAAAUGAAAUACUGAAGAAAGAAGAAACCAUCAAGGACCUUCCCCGUAUUAAUCAGAAUCAGUUCAUCCAGUUCUCCAAGACCUUGUACAACAUUUUCCACGGCGACCCAGAGGAGGAAACUCUGUACCGAGCCGUGGCCCACGUUACCAGCCUCCUCCUGAGGAUGGAAGAGGUCGGACGGAGGCUGCAGGAGUCGAGCAGCCCGACCGAGUCCACGAAGCCCUCUGGCGUCUCUGCUGCUGCGGAGGAGGAGUCUUCAGCCGAAGACGCCUCCAGCCCCCCGGAGAGCUCUGACACCGCCAGCUCCAACAACAGUCAGGACGCAGGAACCGAGGUGGAUUGGUCGUUCUCGUUCGAACAGGUGCUGGCGUCUCUGCUCAACGAGCCGGUCAUAGUCAGGUUUUUCGAAAGGCCCUGUGACAUUCAGCGUAAACUGGCACAAGCCAGGGUUGCCCAGCUGAAGCUGAAGGUGAAGAAGUGAAAGGAUAUAUGAGUGAGUUGAUGCUUUGCUUGCAACCCUAGAAGUCAUCCUGAAUUUAAGUCUCUUUGAGAGGGUGGUCGGAGUUGGUGAGGCAGUCAUUAAGAUGGCUGGAGAAUAGAGCCCGACCGAUAUGGAUCUUAGGGGACCGAUGUUGAUACAAAUAUUAGGGAGUAAAAAAAAUUGUGAUAACAACGUGUAUAUAUAUAUAUAUAUAUAUAUAUACGCAAUGGCAAUGAUUCCCAAGAUGUUCUUAUUAAACCCUCAUGGAAAAGAGGUGUAAUUGAAGCUGGAAAUUUUACGGUUUAUCCAUAAACUUCAUUAUAAAUAACUAAAAAUAGAAUUUUCUUUUGGCAAACAUAAAUUGGUCGGGCUCUAUAUAUUGAUUUCAAAAUCUGUGUGUGCAUGUGUCAGUGUGUGGUUUGGAUGAUGCACACCAUCGUUAAGUCACUUUAAACACUGUUGUGUGAGUCCACUCACCAACCCUUCAGGGCGACAGUUCCUCGAAUUGAAUUAUGCAUUCUCUCUCAUGUAGCCUCAGAUUCUUCAUAUCGUAUAAAAUGUAGUUCAAUCUAUUUUCCCUGUCUGCCCGGGAGCACAAAAACUAUAGUUUUAUAUCGUAUAAGGAGACACUCAGUCCAGUCCUCUGAGUUUAGAAAUAUGACACAUGAGUUUGUCAUGGCCGCCGUCUCUGAUGUCAUGCUGCGUGACGGGUGACUCAGGCAGGUGACCCGGGCGAAUGCAGGAAGAUUUUAUUUCUGGAUGUCUCGAUAUACAUUUUAUCUUUGAGAUCACUAUUCGCUGCUGUAAAGUGAAACAUCCUGUAAAUGCUAAUGUGUCCUGUGACUGCCGUGUCUCCUGGUGAGUGUAUCCUGUAAAUGUCAGCUCAUUGUGAGAAACACCAGCUUUUUCCAGUCGAUACAGACGCAGAGCUAACGGUAGUACGGAGAGCAGGGACGAGCUGUAGUGCUGGAGCCGUGGAAAGAUUCCCGAGAUGAGGAUGAUGUCGGAUAGAGUGUAUUGAAAGUGCAAGUGAUUCUGUAAUGAUAUUAUGCAUUUGCAAUAACAUGAGAGAAAGCUGCGCUGCCCGAGCACGCUCAUCUCUCCUCAGCACACGCACUAACAAUGUUAUAGUAUGACAUCAGCUACUUGAUCUUUGCAGGUAAACUAGUUUGAAUCCCUCUGCGCUGCUGCAGGGAGACCACCUGUGUCGUCCUCUGACAAAGUCUCGGAAAUGUGCCGUGUGUGAUCUUCACUGUUUGCUUCUGUCUGUCUUAAUGCAUACGUAGGGUGUUCCGCUCCAGUAUCGCUGCAGCAGUUUUGUAAUCAUAGGUCAGUGCAAUAGGUGUUUGAUUAUUGUAUUUAUUAGGCUAGUAUUGGAAGUGUAAUAUAUGAGUUAGCAGACUUUUGUGGACACAAUUUAAACCUUUUUGAAGGCCAUUUUGUUUUUAUCGAAUCUCAGGGUGCAACUUGUGUAUAAUAAAAAGGGAGAAAAGGGACCUUUUUUCAACCUGGGAUAUGUAAAGUAUAUGACUGAGUUAUAUAUAUAUAUACAUAUAUAUAUAUAUAUAUAUAUAGAGAGAGAGAGAGAGCGCACAACUUGACUGUAACAUAAGUAUAGAGCAUGUGUAGCAUAGUUACAGGAUUUGCCACAUUAUGCUAGUCAACAAAGAGCAACCAUUUCAGCUGACUUAAGAAAGAUUCGACUUAGUUUCUUCUUAUCUGUGCAUUUUCUCUUUCUUUUCGCUUCUGUAUCAGUGAAUUAUUUGCGCAGUUGUUUGAGAUCCACAAGCUGCAGACACGUGCCUGUAUCUCAGCCAGAUCUCAGAGGUGUUGGAUUCCAAAAGGUCACGACUGCUUCCUCUGCAGCGUGUUUUAUCUCCUGGGGCCAAAUUCACAAAUUUAUAGAGCUUUAUUUCUGCAUGUGUAGAGGAAAAAAACGUGUUUUAGAAGCUUCCUAAAUGCAAGUGCAAUUUUCAGUUUGCUGAAAUUACUAUUUUGACAUUUCCUUUGAGCAUUUUCUUGUUUUCUGAAUGAAGUACUUAUUUUUUCACUUAAGACUUAAAGAAAAAGUCCAUUUCAUUGUAUAAUUGUUGCAUUAAUUGACACAAAAUACAAGUGGGUUGUACAUAAUCCUUUUAGUUUUCAUUGUAACUAUGUAAAACUCACUGUUACUGUUUACAUGACUAAUGUUGGGGGGAAAUAUCUAAAUACAACCCGUCUUUGGUGCAUUGUGAUUUCUUGAAUAAAAAAUGUAUAAGUGGCUUAAUUUCAGUAUUUGAAGCCACAAUGAAAACGUAGUGAGUUUCAACAUGAAAGCUCAGCCUGAAUCUUCGGGAGCUGAGUAGUCGAUCAUAUUCUUCAUCUAUCUUCAACACACCGUGGUCUGACUGUUUCAGAUUGACCGUUUAUCUGCAGGUUUUUGCUGCAUUUCUUGCUGCUCCAUCGACAAACUCCCAAGAAGUUAUUUUUAGAUUCAUAUUAUAAAAGAGUGUGUUGUAAUAAUUCUGCUAGAAUUGUGACAUGCUCAGUCUAUCUCUGAUGAUACCACUUUAGAAAACAUUCAAAAGUUUGCUUUCAAGAAAUAAAUUGUCGGCCUUCAUGGGGAAAAUAUAGAACUGUGGUUAAAUCCUUUUUGAUGCUCAAUAUUUUUCUUUGCUGUAUUUCCUCAGGCCUGGUUUCUGAAAGCUGGCACUUGAGUUGAUUUUUUUUUUUUUUAUGUUUGUGGUUUUCUCUUGGUGUGGAAAUAAAUUCAAGGAGAAGCGUUCGGAGGAACUGAAGAGGGAAAUGUUCAGCCCCCCUGGCAUGAUGUCAGAUAGGCCAUUAACCGUCAUAUUGCUCCAUAUACUGCUUUAGUAUAUAAUCAACCAAGUCCUCAUAUCAUUUUAUGUGCAAAUAGAAUCUACAGCUUUUAUAGACUGUAGAUUGAUUGACAUCUUAUUCUGCAAAAUAAGGUAUGUUGCACAGAUUUUUCUGUUUACCUGCUUGAUUAUGUUUUUCUAUUAUUAUUUGCAUAAAAAUGUACCAGAAUAAAGAGGGAGAAUUCUAUGAAAAAUA